UCUUCUUCAUCAGUAUCUAUUGAUCUUAAAACACCAUUGAUAGCAGCUAUGCUGGUCUCCGUAGACACUACGUAUGGCUCAACGUUCGACAUCGAGCUGAACCUCAACGAUAAAGUGUUAGACAUCAAAAACAAGAUCGAGAACUCUCAAGGCAUCCCUGUUUCCAUGCAAACCCUUACCCACAACGGCGAGCCUCUUCUUAACGACGAUCUUGAUCUCAAUACAUGUAACAUCGUCGCAAACUCUCGCCUCCUUCUCCUUCUCGACUUCCCUUAUGAAGAAGACGACAACCAAGUGCUUCAGCCACAGCCAACAGAGCAAUCUCUAGCUCCCGUUCAAGAUUCGCUCGGACAGUUUCAAGAUUGGUCUGCGAUGGCGAGGAACAUCUUCCGUGAGAUGCUUGAUCAACCGGAGCAAUCUCUGGGACGGUCUGCGAUGAUGGCGAGACAAGAUUUGGUGCAAAGUGAGCCGUCUUCUACGUCAAACACAUUUGGAGAGGAUCUUCCUUUGCCAACCGAAGGUUUCAGUAACGUGUUUCACACGGUACAGACUACAAUACCCUCAAACACAUUUGGAGACUUAUUGUUUGGUGAGGAUCCUCCGUUGCCAACAGAAGGUUUCAGUAACUUGCUUCACACGGAACAGUCUACAAUACCCUCAAACACAUUUGGAGAGGAUCUUCCUUUGCCAACAGAAGGUUUCAGUAACGUGUUUCACACGGAACAGUCUACAAUACCCUCAAACACAUUUGGAGACUUAUUGUUUGGUAAGGAUCCUCCUUUGCCAACAGAAGGUUUCAGUAACGUGCUUCACACGGAACAGUCUACAUUACCGUUUGGAGACACAUUUUUCGGUGAGGAUCCUCCUUUGUCAACUGAAGAUUUCGCUAACAUUAAAAGUUUCAUGUCCGAGGGCACAACAGAAGAUACCUUGAUCAACACGCAACAAGCGUCUCAUACGGAGCAGCCUGGUAGGGUUUUAAGCAGCAGUCAAGUGGUUCAAACAGAGAAGCCUCCGCCGAUGAAAGAGGUCAUUAACGUUACAGAUUCGCCUGUGAAGAAAGUGAGGAAGUUCAGAAAGCCACCGCAGAGACUGAGAGUAAUGGUGUUGCCACAUUCACCUGAUAACGAGCCUGUGAGUAAGGUUCCGGUGAGUGUGAUGGCUAAUGAGAACGUUGAGGAGAUAAGGAAAGAGCUGGAGAAGCUUCGAGAGAGGAAUGAGUUAAAGCUACCUCAAGAAGGGUACUUCUUUAUACACAAACAGAACGUGUUGGACGAUGAUCAGACAUUCUUGUGGAACGGUGUAGCUCACGGUGACACGAUUGAGGUUUUCCCAGGAUAUGUUACCAAAGACGGACGAGUGAAUCAAAGAUAUCGUCGUUAACUCUCUGUGCAAGUCUCCUCUUUCCCCUUAUAGCUUUUGCUUUGUUCAAAGUUUAC